AUGAAGAUGGCACCCAAAGCAAAGAAGGAAAUCCCUGCUCCUCCCAAAGCCAAAGCCAAGGCGAAGAAAGCAGUGCUACAAGGUGUCCACAGCCACACAAAAAAGAAGAUCCACACGUCACCCAUUUCCUGGAGGCCUAAAACACUGCGGCUCCAAAGGCAGCCUAAAUAUCCUUGGAAGAGGGCCACCAGGAGCAACAAACUUGACCACUCUGCUAUCAUCAAGUUCUGCCCAACUACCGCAUCAGCCACGAAGAAGAGAGAAGACAACAAUACACUUGUGUUCACCGUGGAUGUGAAGGCCAACAAGCAUCAGAUGGAACAGGCUGUGAGGAAGCUCUAUGACAUUGACAUAGCCAAGGUCAACACCCUGAUCAGGCCUAAUGGGGAGAAGAAGGCAUAUAUAUGUUCUACUGGCUCCAGAUGA